AUGUUAAUUGACUGGAAGUACCGUUUCGAUGACGGUCAAAGAAUCGCCUUAUUUCAAUGGAUUGAUCGUUUACCGUUUUCAAGAACAAAAACACGUAUUGAACGUGAUUUCUCAGAUGGACUAAUGGUAGCUGAACUGAUCAAAUAUUAUUUUCCAUCGUGGGUUGAUCUUCACAAUUAUGCACCAGCCAACAGUACACAACAAAAAUUAAUUAAUUGGGGACUUUUGAACAGAAAAAUUUUAUGUCGAUUUAAUCUCAAUGUACCAGAGCCUGUUAUGCGUGGCAUCUGUUUAGGUAGAAGUGGUUUAGUCGAAGUAUUUUUGUACAAUUUAAGAACAAAAAUUGAUGAAGUUCUACACCAAAAAGCCAAAACUAGCGAACACGCAAAUGCCAUGAUAACACCGAGACAAAAUUAUACACCACCAGAAAUGGAUGAACAGAGCCAGAAUAUCUCACAAUAUGUCAGAAGUGGUCCACAGCGACUAAAACCACAAGGACCAGGUAGAAAAACGACUUCCAUGCACAAUCUGAGUGGUGAUGUUGUAAGCCGAAUUGAGUUUGACGAAAAAGAACAAGAAUGUAUGGCAAAAGAUGAACAAAUACAAAUUUUGCAAGCUAAAAUACGUAGACUUGAACAUUUAUUACAUUUAAAAGAUAUUCGAGUGGAAGAUUUGUCGGAGAAACUGGAGCGAAUUAAGGGUGCCAGUAUUGGUAAUCGACAACCACCUUCAAUGAUUAAUGGUCGAAAAUAA